AUGACCAUCGGAAUUGCAUUCAUCGGAGCAGGGCUCUUCGUCAAGGACUACCAUCUGCCAGGAGUCCAAGCCUCCCCCGACCUCGAACUGAAAGCCGUCUACUCCCGCUCACUGAAAUCAGCUUCCAGCAUCGCCCCUGAGCAACAGAUCGACCGCUACGCCGACGACGCGCCCCAGGGCCUCGAUCAGCUCCUCGCGCGGGAUGACAUUCAAGCCGUGAUCAUCGCCCUACCUAUAACCAACCAAGCAGCAUACGUCCGCGCCGCCCUCAGCGCCGGAAAACACGUCCUCUCUGAGAAACCCAUCGCCAAAGACCGGGCCGAAGCCACCGCCCUGCUGGACUGGUACCGCUCCACCAUCCUGCCCCGGCGAACUGCUGCUCCGACGUGGUCCGUCGCCGAGAACUACCGCUACUUCGACAGCCUCCGCCGGGGCCGCGCCCAGCUGGCCCGCCUCGGUCGCAUCCGCCAGUUCCGGACGCAGGUGUACUUCGAUUGUCGGCCGGGGAAGUUUGUUUUCUGGCCUUUCUUCGCACUCGCCUGGCGCCAACAGCCCGAGCACCAAGGUGGAGCCGUCCUGGAUAUCGGGGUGCACCAUGUUGCUGCGAUGCGGUAUCUCCUGGGCGGCAGCGGGCCGCGCGAGCGGAUCACGCAGGUGAGUGCGUUCGUGGGUAGCUUCGCGGAUGCGUUGCCGCCGGUGGAUACAGUGGAUGCAGUGCUGCGCACGGAGUCUGGGGCGCAGGGGACGUUCCAGCUGUCCGGGUGUUCGAGCUUGGAGGAGAGUGGGUGGACAGUGGUUGGGGAGAAGGGCCAUGUGCGGGUUACUGAUGAUGGGGUGGCGGUGCAUGUGGAGGGGGAGCAGGACGAGAGGCAGACGCUGCCGGUAGAUACACUGGCGGUUGGGAAUGAGAUCAGGGCGUGGGGGGGGGCGUUGAUCUCUGGGGAGAUGAAGGCUGAGCAGCGGCCGGAGGAGGCGUUGGCGGAUCUGGAAGUGAUCGAGUUGAUUCUGACGAGUGGCAAGGAGAAUGGGGCGCCGCAGGUUACGCAGUAUCAGUGCUGA